AACAGGUCAGCACCUCGGGAGUAAAUGUCAGUUGGCUUUUCAUAGCCGAGCAUUCGGUUAGAGACAGCAGGUGCGGUAGAGAGAAAGUGUGAAUGCAGAUCCGAGGUUUACUCUCGUCUUGGCAUGUGCUUUAUUGCUAUCCGUUUUCGCCUGUCUGCUCUCCAAAGUUCUCUGUUUCUUUGGCGUAUAUGGAGGAGUAGCUGCUGCUGGGUUAGGUCGUUGGCCCCUCGCGUCUGCCAUGUCUGUAAGAUAGCUAUCUCUGCUCGCCAAGUUUGAACAUGGGCUCAGCUUGCUAGCUAUCAUACCCCUACCAGUUAGAAUAUCCCUAAGCUACGGAAACACGUCACUCAUUAUUCACAGCACAGAAUAUGUUGGGAAAAUCUGACCCGACAGGGAAAAUUGUUGUCAGGCAGGCUAGAGGCGCAAUAUUAUUACUUUUGAUUCACAUUGGAUGAACACUAGUGACUUACUGGAGCAGAAAAAAGUUACAAAAUGCCGCUUUAAGAAAUAUGCAGGAACUUUGCCAUGGGGCUGCUGAGUGAUAAACAUCUAGUGGUCAACAUUCUUGCCAGAUCAGAAACAGGUUUGCUCAUUUGCUUAGUUUCUUUUCCUGUUUAGGUUAAUGACAAAAUAGGCUUAUUGUGCUUUAUUCUUAGUCACAGGGUCUUGAAGCGGACACACACAGAGAGCUCAGUGGGCAGGACAUGACCAGGGUUGAUGGAGCCAGACAUGGAUUAAACUAAGUACUGUGACACAACAUCUGUAAAGAAGAGAGGAGGAGAGACGUCAAGAGCAGAAACAUCUGUAAAUCUCUAAGGGUUCCCUAAUCUGCAUAUUCAUACCACGGGAACCACAGACUGUUUGUGGUUUGACAUCUUGUGACUGUCAUUGACACAACAGACCAAACUCAUCAUAAUGGAAUCUCUCUCACAACAAGAGUCCAUUCUAGAUUGUCAGAUCUCACAACAAGACUCCAUGUUAGAAUGUCAGAUCUGUUUCAACUAUUACAGUUCGUGGCAUAGGCCCAAGCUCCUGGACUGCCAGCACACCUGCUGCUCAGUGUGCUUGACCCAGAUGAGGAUGAGCCAGAGUGAGCUGCGCUGCCCCUGGUGUCGCUGUGUCACCACUUUGCCCCCAGGGGUCUCUGUCUCCCAACUCCUAGAUGACCCGGACACUAUGGCCAUCAUCUCUGUCCCAUACACACCUGUCUUCAUACGGCUUCCGUGUAAUGCCUACCUUCCAGUAGAACACCAUGAGAGGGCUACAGGGAUGGAGGAGGAACAUGGAAUGAGGGAAGGGGAGGAAGGUAGUUGUAAGAGCGCAUUUGGGACCAGGUUCUGCUUAGUGGCUGUUGUGGGAUUUGUCCUACUCUUACUUGUGUACAUUAUACUGCACAGCAUGAACUGCAACUCAGAACGGUUCACCAUGAUAUCCUGUGGCUGAAAGACUUGAUGAUGAUAAUAAUAAGCUAUUUCGGAUCUUUAUGUCUCACUCCCCAAAAUUACAGGACAUUGUCACAAUGCCAACAUUCAGGCUAUUUCUUAACCACAAAUAGUACUGCCAUACUGAGUAAGGAAAUGGUUGCCAUACUUUGUAUUUCGAAUGUGUUCAGAUAUAUUGAAUCAUUAUUUAUUUAUUUUUUUCAAAUGAUUUCUCAUGUCUUUGUGCAAUAGACAGUUAAAAAAUUAAACCAAUCACCAUUAUGCUUCUCUGUUGUGAUUCACCCAGAAAAGCACAAAUCAAAUGUUAUUGUCACAUACACAUUUAGCAGAUGUUAUUGCGGGUGUAGCGAAAGGCUUACUUGUGUUAAUUCAUAUGAAAAACAUAAAACUGACCCAUUUUUA